AGAACUCUCCAUUACAUGCAUAUGUAAUAACUAUGCGGCUGGUGGUUUGGGUGUCUGUCGUGUUCCCUGUGCUUUACAGCCAGGGGACGGACGCCUGUCCUGACGAGUGUUCCUGUGAACAGUCAUCUUACUGUAAUGGGACUUAUGUAGGUUGUGCUUCUAGAGGGCUGAGCAGAGUACCGACUAACAUCCCCAUGGACACUUGCCAUCUAAGGUUGUGGAACAAUGAUAUAACAACUUUAGAGAAUGGGAUGUUUGACGGAUUGACGAAUCUACAGACCUUAGACCAGGGCUUGAAUAAGAUAACAACGUUACAGAAUGGAAACUUUGAUCUGUUGGCAAAUCUACAUACACUGUAA